AUGCUCCUUCGACACCCAAGCUUGGUUCUCUUGGCGGCAGCGCAACACGCCGUGGGCGACUUAUAUGUCCGGCAAAAUGGCACGUCUCAGGAUUCUAGAGCAUAUUUGAACUCUGGAAUAGAAGCGUUAGGCGGACUUGAAGCGAUUUCUUCCAUCCAAAGCCUAACAUACGUUGGUGAAACGAUCCUCAGGGGGAGAACUUUAAUGAUGGGCAUCUCUGUCGCUGGCGUGGAUAAUGCUGCAGUGACAGCCGGCCGCCAAAACGUUUCUUUCGCAUUUAAUGGAGCACAUGUCAAGCAGCGUGUCGACAAGGUCGCGGCGCUUGGUCCUGGAUGGACCUUUGGAAGAGCAAAUCUGGCCCCAAUGGACUUUUCAAUCGUCGUCGAGGGCGGCGAAAAUCAACGUGGCUACGCAGCUGUGACGAGGGGUAGCUACAAUUUGUAUAAUCCCACUGGUGAGCCCCAGGGCUACGUUGACGGCCUACUUGCGUCCUACCUGAUUAGCGAAGCGUACAAAUGGCACCCACUACUUCUUUCCAAGGUAAUUUCCAACAACAACUUCACGUCUCGACAAGGAGCCACAGGAGCAGGAAUCAUACUUCCCGGGGUUCAUGACGAUACGCUCGACUUGACAAUUCUGUUCGAUCCUGCCACGAAUCUCCCUUAUAUCAUCCGAUCCUAUGAAAACCAUCCCUUUUUUGGCGAAUCUACACACGACCUCCUCGUCCACGAUUACGCUGAAAUCAACGGGGUCCAAAUACCCCAACGAUUCAAGACUAUUUAUAACGGCAAGCAUUUGAUCGGAGACUACCGCGCUGAUCAGACCGUAAUCAACGGCGGUCUGCCGAGCGACUUCUUCGCGGUACCAGGCAACGGCACUGUACCCGAGUCCAGCGUUCCAGUUCGGAGUGCCCAAUACAGCUUCUCAGAAAUCGGAGAAACAUCUGCAAACUUCCUUUGGCCAGGUGCCUAUACCGGGACUAAGGAGUCCAUCGCAGCUUCGAUUUCUCAGCCUCUCCAAGAUCUACCUGGUUUCUGGACAAUUAGCCCCGGUGGCGACCUGGGAAUGAGACAGGGUUUGAUUGAGCUCGAGGAUGGCUCUGUCCUCGUCUUGGAUGCUCCGCCGCACCAAAGCAAGCUUAUUAUUGAGUGGGUUCAGACCAAUCUUGGAAAGAACAUCACGCAUGUCUGGCCUACCCAUCAUCAUCACGAUCAUGCCUUCGGCGUAGUAGACUAUGUUGCACAAGGUGCAAAGCUCAUCGUGCCUGAGCAUGCUGCGGGAUACUACACUACUGUCCCACAAGAACAGGUAGCCACUUAUCAACGUGGUGGCUCCUUUGUGCUCAAAGACAGCAAGUUGCAGAUUGCUCUUGUUGAUAUGGAAGCCACCGUCCACGCCGAGGACCACGGCUACGCUCUCAUUAUUCCGUCUUGCCCAACUGAUACAAGUUCGUCUGCGGUUUUCGACGCGGACCAUGGCAACUUGGCAUUCAUUGAAACCUUUGACCACGCAGCAGUACAGGAGCUUCUCAACUCUCUCACUCGGGACAAAGUGCCAGGCAAUGCGCACUUCUUCCCCUCACAUGGGCCUGCAGGCAAUGUCACAGAUCUAAUCAGCGUUUCUGGGUUUAUGUAUCCUUCAUUCUCUCCUCGGGAGUUCGUCCACAGCCAAGCGACUUGUUGA